AUGCUCACCUUCAGAAAAGCCGUCGUUGCGGCAAUGGCCGUCUUAUCCUUAUUCUUCAUAUUUCGGUCCCAUCACAACCGCGACCCGCCCCGGUCCUUUCGUAAUGCGAACGACCUCCCAAAGCCCCCAAUGCUCCAACCCAAGACCCAGCCUGCAAAACAGGAAACAACACAAACUCCCUCCGUAGGCAACGGUGAGGCCAAAUCCUUCACGGCACCAAGCGCUCCGGUCAAGAGGCCCAAGACGCAGAUAAGCAUGGAUGACUUGAGGAGGAAGCCGCUCAAGCAGCAGCUUGAGUACCAGUUUCCCUACGACGUCGAGUCUAAGUUUCCCGCAUACAUAUGGCAGACCUGGAAAUACACACCAGCCCAGGGCGAGUUCGGCGACGAAUUCCGUGAGCCUGAGGCUAGUUGGACCAUCCUGCAUCCCGACUUUGUGCACGAGGUCAUCACCGACAACGUCGCCGUGCACCUGAUUCGUCAUCUUUAUGCCGCUGUGCCAGAGGUUAUCGAAGCAUACAACACGCUCCCGCUUCCCGUUCUCAAGGCCGACUUCUUCCGCUACCUAAUAUUGCUGGCUCGCGGAGGAAUCUACUCGGACAUUGAUACAAAAGCAUUGAAAAGUGCGGCCGACUGGGUUCCUCGAGACGUUCCCAUCAAUUCAUAUGGCAUGGUUAUCGGAAUCGAGGCUGAUCCCGAUCGCCCAGAUUGGGCUGAAUGGUACUCCCGCCGCAUACAGUUCUGCCAGUGGACGAUUCAAUCCAAGCCAGGGCACCCCAUCCUCGUCGAUGUAGUAGCAAACAUUACCCAAGAGGCAUUGAAGCGAAAGGCUGAGGGCCGGUUGAGCAAGGACCACAAGAGUAUCAUUGAGUUCACUGGCCCUGGUCUCUGGACUGACACCAUUUUCCACUUCUUCAACAAUCCAGAGUACUUCGACAUGUCCACCAGCAAAGGCAAUAUCACAUGGCAGCAGUUCACUGGCAUGACGCACCCCAAGAAGGUUGGCGAUGUCAUCAUCCUGCCAAUCACCAGUUUCAGCCCUGGCAUCAAGACCAUGGGUGCAGGCGAGGAAGACGACCCAAUGGCGUUUGUAAAGCACAACUUUGAGGGGACAUGGAAACCCGAAGACGAGCGUCAUAUCGGUGAAAUCUUCAACUGA